CCUAAUAAUUUAAAAGAAAAUAAAGAAUGGGAAACAACAACAACAACAACAAAUUUCAAUCCUUUUUGUUAGGUUUCCUCUUCGUAUCCAGCAAUAUCAUGGUUCUAGCCCAAGCUGGACGGGAGACCCCCAAAAAAGUCGACGCUAAACUUAACCCUGAUUCCUUCAUAGACGGUGAUGGAAGCUAUCUCGUCCCUGGAGUUGGCCGUUUCAUGCUUCCUAGGCCCGGCCAAGACCCUUUUAAUUACAACCCAAUCACUGGAAACAGUGGCGGCGGUCUUGGCGGCACCGGAUUCGGCGACAACAGCGCCGGAGCAAGCCACCAAUACAUUCCGGGGGGAGAUGACACCGUCGUCAAUAACCCUGGUUUUGAGAUUCCUAUUCCUGGAGUUGCUGGCGGAAUUCCCUAA